AUGAAUAUUCUGCGACCAGCGUUCAAUUUGUUAACGUGUUGUGGCUGCUGGAGACCGACCAGCUGGUCCACCACGGGCAAAAAGAUAUUGUACGGCGUCCACACAACUUUCAUGUUCCUCCUGAUACACAGUUUCUGCGCGUCGCAAUUUCUGAACGUGUUGAACGUGAAAACCGCGGACGAGCUCAGCGACACCAUUUACAUGUUCUUCUCGACGUUCACGGCCUGUUGCAAGAUCCUCACUCUUCUGAUAAACCACGAAAACAUAAGGAACAUGGCGCGAAAACUCGAGGAGGAACCCUGCAAACCGAUGAACGAGGCGGAGGUGUCGAUCCAAAAGGAGUUUGACAAACGAAUCGGGUAA